UGAGCCAUGUAACAGGGCGAACCAAUGGGAAUGAAGCUGACUGUUCAGUGGGAUGAGUUUUGACCUACGAUGGCUGCCGUCAGCAGGAACCAGCAAUACAGGGAGUCCAAAAUGCCAUUCAGACGGAAAACAAUGCCUUUUAAAUCACUCUGGACUUUUGCUUUUAUUAUUUUCACUGCAUGCCGGUGUUUUGCCGACGAUGACCACGAAAUGGAAGAGUUUCUGAAGCGGGAGUACUCCCUUUCCAAGCCAUACCAAGGUGUGGGAUCUUUAGGCUCCUCCCACUGGGAGCUGAUGGGGGAUGCCAUGGUAACCACCGACCAGGUGCGCCUCACACCUGACAAGCAGAGCAGACAGGGGGCAGUGUGGAGCCGCAUUCCUUGCCAUCUGAAGGACUGGGAGAUGCAGGUGCACUUUAAGAUUCACGGGCAAGGAAAGAAAAACCUGAACGGUGAUGGUUUAGCAAUUUGGUACACAAAGGAACGUUUGCAGAAAGGUCCUGUAUUUGGAAAUAUGGACAACUUCACUGGCUUGGGUGUCUUUGUGGACACGUAUCCCAAUGAGGAGAAACAGCUGGAGGCACAGAAGAAAAGAUAUACUCCUCGCACACAGAGGAUCUUCCCCUUCGUUCUGGCCAUGGUUGGGAACGGCAGCAUCAGCUACGACCACGAGCGGGACGGUCGGCCCACGGAGCUUGGCGGCUGCAACGCCAUGGUGCGCAACCUCAAACAUGACACCUUCCUCUUUAUCCGAUACAUCCGCCGCAGGCUCACGGUGAUGAUAGACAUCGAUGGGCAGCACGAGUGGAGGGACUGCCUGGACAUACCCGGGGUGCGGCUUCCACAAGGCUAUUAUUUUGGAGCUACAGCUGUCACUGGUGACCUCUCAGAUAACCAUGACAUCAUUUCACUGAAACUCUACCAACUGACUGUGUUGCGGAGUCAAAAGGAAGAGGAAGAGGAGGAAGAGGAAAUAACCAUACCCAGUGUAGAUAACAUUGAACUACUCCGAUUGGGUCAGACGGAAGAAGGGAUGAGUGGCAUUGCCAUCUUCUUCACCGUGCUCUUCUCCAUGCUGGGUUGUAUCUUCCUCAUUGUCAUCGGCCUGGUGGUCUACAGCAACUGGAACGAGACCCGGCGCAAGCGCUUCUACUGAAAGUAGAAGAAGCAGAUAGACGGAGGUCGUGACCACUACUGCGGUCCGUGGACCGAGCUGCACUGAGAGGAAAGAGAGACGCUGCUGCCGCCCAGCAGGGCACAGUAGGUUGUUUCAUCCUGAGGACAACACUAGCUCGACAGGAGAUGAAGUAGAUGUAUCACCUCUGACAAAAAGCCACUUUCUAACUUUGCCAUUUGGUAGUCAUGAAGCAGUAGGAGGACCUUUUUAUUUCACACUUUACCCUCAGCCCCUGCCUGACACACGCCAACUCGGCCUUACCAUCUAUGUCACAUGACUUCUCAUGAGCAUUUGACAACUAAGAUUAUUUUUUACUCAUUUUCAGUUCACAGAUGUUUAUGUUAUGGCUUUGAGAAAUAUAAAUAUAAGUAUCCACUGUGUUCCUCUUCGUGAUCCACCUGCAGAAGUGUGAAACAAACUAAAAACCGAUGCUGUCAUCAAGAUGCACCUCUACUCUUCUUUGCAUUAGAAAGAGCACCUGAGUGCUUUGUACUCCAUCAUUUUGACUCUGUGCGCGUACUAUAUAUUGUACUGUAUAUUUUUAUCCUGUAGUAGUAGUAUGCACGACAUCUGUUGAGGUUAUUUUCUCAUGAAUCAUCUACCGAGUCGUAGACAUUUUUGCGUCUAUAUAAAGCACAUGGAAAAUUGACCUCUGUGUGAUUGGUGCAUGUGGCAAAGAUGUGGGUGUUUCAGGGAAAUAUUUUAUUUUCAUUUUUAACAAUCUAACAAGAUGUUUAGAUAUAUUACUGUUCCCUUCCCCAGAUUUUAUGCAUGCAUUUGAGAAAAUGGAUGAGUUUUUUUAGCAAAUUCUUCUAAAUAUAUUUAAAAUAGAUAGUUAGAUAGAUUAAAAUGUAAGAUCUUUGACUUUGCACUGAAAGGAGCGACUAAAGAGAAUUUGACUACUACUAAUAUAUUGUAUUUUUUCUUUUGAACUGACAUUUUGAUUGCGUGUCUUCAUUGUUAUAUGUACAAAUACCUCCUCUGUGUUUUUUUUUUUGUUGACUGUGUCAUACAGUUUAUGAACUGAACAAACAUGCUGGUUUGGCCUCAGGCUGCCUCUUCUGGCUCUGCCCAAUCAUUGUCUUUUAUGUUCUGGUUCCAGGCCUCGUGUCAACAUCAUAUAUCUUUCACAACCGCCCUAACUUAUUUAUAUUUAGUUUGUUUUGAAUAAAAAACCGUGUGCCUCAUGCUCAUGUGUCCAUUUUUAGUGAUCCAUAAAUAACAUUUUGUAACUAUUGUUUCAUGAACUAUUUGCAUUGUGUCAGUAAAGACCUACAUUGAUAUUAUUUAUGGCGUCUCGGUGUGAAGUUGGGUUAUAUGUAUGACACAACAUACAAAUAAAACCACAUUUUGGCUAUAGUAACAUUUAAAAGUUAAAUCCAAAUGUUUUUAUCUGGAGCAGAGAUGGAAAGUUUAAGAAUAAAGCUAUCAAAAUCAAACUUUAUGCUUUCAUUGUGUGCGAUUGUGUUUAAUUACAUAACUCAUCAAUAAUGGAGGCUUACUGCCUGAGGUGCCUCUCACACAGCCGUGUGAUUAUACCCAGUUUGUCACUGGGUGGAGCACUAUCUUCAGUUACUCAAGGUUAAUUUUCUCUUAAAGCAAUCAGGAUUCAACAAAAAUGCUUCUUGAGGUUACAUGGAUUAAAUCAAAAGGAAGAAAUGACAAGCGUUAGAGUCAGCUGAGUGCCAAUGUUUCUUUUAUUAAAAAAAUAAAAUACAAAUGAUGACCCAACAAGUACACAGCAGACUUCUUACUAAAACCAAAGCAUUUUAUUUAUCAUUCAGUGCUUUAAUUUUUUUCUCUUUUUUUUUUUACACUUUACUCAUUUUGGCUUGUUUAAAGUUAUUAGGAACAAAAAUGUAGAAAGAGUGGUUUGUUUUUGUAUGAUUGAUGCUCAAACUAAGGUGUUUCUCAUCAAAAAAAAAGAAAAAAAAAAGAAAAUCCACAUAGCUCAACCAUGGCACCUCCAUCUGUUUGGUAUUAUCGAUGGCUGAGGGGAAAAAAAAAAAAG